AUGGUAACAGAACGCAAUCCAGAGGGACAGCAGACCGAAGCAAAAAAGACCGAAAGACAAGACAAGGGACAGAAGAGGCCACAGCGAAGACAGAAAGAAGAGAAGAAGUGGGUGCCAAAGACCAACCUAGGAAAGCUUGUACAAAUGGGCAAGAUGACAUUAAAUGACAUCUACACAAACAGCUUAAAGAUCCAGGAGCCAGAAAUUGUAGACUUCUUAGUCCAGGAGAAGCUCAAGGACGAUGUGCUGUGCAUCAAGUCCAUCCAGAAGCAGACAAAGGCCGGACAGAGAACAAGAAUCAAGGCUGUUGUGAUUGUUGGAGACGGAAACGGAAGUAUUGGUCUUGGAGUCAAGUCUGCAAAGGAAGCCAGAUCUGCCAUAGAGAAGGCCACUGAGGUCGCAAAGUGCAACAUGCAGCCGGUGGACUUUGGAUGGUGGGACAGGCAGGUAGGACAGCCCCACACUGUAAAAGUACGAGGAUCAGGAAAGUGCGGUAGUGUAAACAUCACCCUCACGCCUGCGCCAAAGGGAACAGGAAUCAUUGCGGCCACAAUCCCAAAGAAGAUUUUCCAGAUGGCAGGACUCAAGGACGUGUUCACCUCCUCCUCCGGACGUACCUCGGCAAGCGAAAACUUCGCAAAGGCCACAGUUGCAGCGCUGCAGAAGUGUAACACUUUCUACUCGCCUGAGAACUGGGGAACACCUGAGCCUAUUCCGUCGCCUCUUCAGGUAUACUCUGACCUUAUUUCAAACUUCUCCAAAAAGCUAGCAAUCUAA